CGCUGAGCGAGGGGGGAGGAGAAGCCGCCCCCGCUCGAUGAGCGGCGCCCGCCCGCCCGCCGCGCUCUGCCCGGGGACCGGCGGCCGCGGCCGAGCCAUCCAGCAGCAUGUGGAGUCCCACCGAGGAGGAGAAAUACGGCGUGGUGAUAUGCAGCUUCCGAGGAACUGUUCCGCAAGGCUUGGUCCUGGAACUAGGUGAAACUGUCCAGAUCCUGGAGAAAUGUGAAGGUUGGUACAGAGGUGUUUCCAUUAAGAAGCCCAGUGUCAAGGGGAUAUUUCCUGCAAAUUAUAUUCACUUGAAAAAGGCAAUUGUCAGUAACAGAGGGCAAUAUGAAACAGUUGUUCCUCUUGAAGAUUCUGUGGUGACUGAAGUCACAGCAACACUGCAGGAAUGGGCUGUGCUCUGGAAACAGCUGUAUGUGAAACAUAAGGUAGAUCUUUUCUACAAGCUGCGGCAUGUGAUGAAUGAGCUCAUUGACCUCCGCAGGCAGCUGCUCUCGGGGCACCUGACACAGGAUCAGGUGCGAGAGGUCAAGAGACACCUCACAGUGAGGCUGGACUGGGGCAAUGAGCAUUUGGGCCUUGACUUAGUUCCACGGAAGGACUUUGAGGUUGUGGAUUCAGAUCAGAUCAGUGUUUCAGACCUUUAUAAAAUGCAUUUGUCAAGUAGACACAGUGUCCAGCAGAGCACAUCACAGGUGGACACGAUCCGUCAGCGGCACGGGGAAGCCUGUCGAAUGCCAGUGCCUCAUCACUUCUUCCUCAGCCUGAAGAGCUUCACCUACAACACCAUUGGAGAGGACACAGACGUCUUCUUCUCUUUGUAUGAUGUCCGGGAAGGCAAACAGAUCAGUGAGAGGUUCAUGGUGAGGUUAAACAAGAACGGAGGUCCCAGGAAUCCGGAGAAGAUCGAUCGAAUGUGUGCACUUUUCACAGAUCUCAGCAGCAAGGACAUGAAGAGGGAUUUGUACAUAGUUGCCCAUGUAAUCCGAAUAGGCCGCAUGUUGCUCAACGACUCCAAGAAGGGCCCCCCCCAUCUGCACUACCGGCGCCCCUACGGCUGCGCGGUGCUCAGCAUCAUGGACGUGCUCCAGUCCAUCUCGGAAAUCAAGGAGGAGAAGGACUUUGUGCUCAAAGUUUACACGUGUAACAAUGAAAAUGAAUGGUGCCAGAUCCAUGAAAACAUCAUCCGCAAGUCCAGCACCAAAUACACAGCCCCCAGCUCCAACUAUGGACUUAUAAUAUCUCUUCAACUUCUUCGUGGUGACAUGGAGCAGAUCCGAAGGGAAAACCCCAUGAUCUUUAACAGAGGUGUGGCUGUCACCAGGAAGCUGGGAUUUCCUGAUGUUAUAAUGCCAGAGAUGAAGAUUGUUGGGUGUGACAUCCGGAAUGACCUGUACCUGACCCUGGAGAAGGGGGACUUUGAAAGGGGUGGCAAAAGUGUGCAGAAGAACAUCGAGGUGACCAUGUACGUGCUCUAUGCUGAUGGAGAAAUCCUGAAGGACUGCAUCAGCCUGGGCUCGGGCGAGCCGAGCCGCAGCGCCUACCACUCCUUCGUGCUGUACCACAACAACAGCCCGCGCUGGGGCGAGAUCAUCAAACUGCCCAUCCCCAUCGACCGCUUCCGCGGCUCCCACCUGCGCUUCGAGUUCCGCCACUGCUCCACAAAAGACAAGGGAGAAAAGAAGCUCUUUGGUUUUGCAUUCACCCCACUGAUGAGAGAUGAUGGCACGACCUUGUCAGAUGAUAUCCAUGAGCUUUAUGUUUAUAAGUGUGAUGAGAACAGCACGUUCAACAACCACGCGCUCUACCUGGGGCUGCCCUGCUGCAAGGAGGAUUACAACGGCUGCCCCAACAUCCCCUCCAGCCUCAUCUUCCAGCGCAGCACCAAAGAGACCUUCUCAGUCUCCACACAGCUCUCUUCUACCAAACUGACCCAGAAUGUGGAUCUGCUUGCCCUGCUCAAAUGGAAAGCUUAUCCAGAUCGAGUGAUGGAUAUCCUGGGAAGACUGAGACAUGUCAGUGGCGAGGAGAUUGUUAAGUUCCUACAAGAUAUUCUGGACACAUUGUUUGUAGUUUUGGAUGACAACACAGAGAAGUAUGGUCUGUUGGUCUUUCAGUCUCUGGUGUUCAUCAUCAACCUGCUCCGUGACAGCAAGUACUUCCACUUCCGCCCCGUGAUGGACACCUACAUUCAGAAGCACUUUGCAGGAGCUCUGGCUUACAAGGAGCUGAUCCGCUGUCUCAAGUGGUACAUGGACCGCUCGGCCGAGCUCGUGCGCCAGGACCACAUCCAGGAGGCAAUGAGGGCCUUGGAAUAUCUUUUCAAGUUCAUUGUCCAAUCUCGGAUCCUUUACUCCAGAGCUACUUGUGGAAUGGAGGAGGAGCAGUUCCGCUCCAGCAUCCAGGAGCUUUUCCAGUCCAUCAGAUUUGUGCUCAGCUUGGACAGCAGGAGCUCUGAGACUCUCAUCUUCACACAGGCGGCCCUGCUGAACUCGUUCCCCGCCAUCUUCGACGAGCUGCUGCAGAUGUUCACGGUGCAGGAGGUGGCGGAGUUCGUGCGGGGCACGCUGGGCAGCAUGCCCAGCACGGUGCACAUCGGCCAGUCCAUGGACGUGGUGAAGCUCCAGUCCAUCGCCCGCACGGUCGACAGCCGCCUCUUCUCCUUCUCAGAGUCCCGGCGCAUCCUGCUGCCUGUAGUCCUUCACCACAUUCACCUUCACCUACGACAGCAGAAGGAGCUGCUUAUCUGCUCUGGGAUCCUCAGUAGUAUCUUCUCCAUAAUCAAGACCAGUUCUUUGGAGGGAGAUGUCGUGGAGGAGGUUGAGAUGAUGGUGGAGAGCCUCCUGGACGUGCUGUUACAAACUCUGCUCACAAUCAUGAGUAAAUCGCAGUCUCAGGAGGCGGGAGAAUAUGUCUCCUGCCUUUUAUCUUUGCUUCGUCAGAUGUCAGACACUCACUUCCAGCACUUACUGGACAACUUCCAAAGCAAGGAUGAACUGAAGGAGUUCCUCCUGAAGAUUUUCUGUGUGUUUCGGAACCUGAUGAAGAUGAGUGUCUUUCCUCGAGACUGGAUGGUGAUGAGGUUGCUCACUAGCAAUAUCAUAGUUACAACAGUUCAAUACUUGUCUUCUGCCCUGCAUAAGAAUUUCACAGAAACGGACUUCGAUUUUAAAGUGUGGAACUCUUAUUUCAGCCUGGCAGUUUUGUUUAUAAACCAGCCAAGUCUCCAACUAGAAAGUGCCACCCCACCUAAGAGGAAGAAGAUUCUGGAUAAGUAUGGUGAUAUGAGAGUGAUGAUGGCCUAUGAGCUCUUCAGCAUGUGGCAGAACCUGGGUGAGCACAAGAUUCACUUUAUUCCGGGAAUGAUUGGCCCCUUUCUGGGUGUUACACUUGUUCCACAACCAGAAGUCCGGAAUAUCAUGAUCCCAAUCUUCCACGACAUGAUGGACUGGGAGCAGAGAAAGAAUGGCAACUUCAAACAGGUGGAGGCUGAGUUGAUCGAUAAGCUGGACAGCCUGGUGUCUGAAGGAAAAGGUGAUGAGAACUACAGGGAACUCUUCAGCCUGCUUUUGCUGGAGAAGAUUGAGCAGGAAACUUGGCGGGAGACGGGGAUCUCUUUUGUCACGUCCGUCACUCGGCUCAUGGAGCGUCUGCUGGACUACAGGGACUGUAUGAAAGGGGAUGAAACAGAAAACAAGAAGAUUGGCUGCACUGUUAACCUAAUGAAUUUCUACAAAUCUGAAAUUAACAAGGAGGAGAUGUACAUCCGCUACAUCCACAAGCUUUGUGACAUGCACCUGCAGGCUGAGAACUACACAGAGGCUGCAUUCACUUUGCUUUUGUACUGUGAGUUGCUUCAGUGGGAGGACAGACCUCUGAGAGAGUUCCUGCAUUACCCAUCUCAGUCAGAGUGGCAACGUAAGGAAGGUCUGUGCCGUAAGAUUAUCCAUUACUUCAACAAAGGGAAGAGCUGGGAGUUCGGCAUCCCGCUGUGCCGAGAACUGGCCAUCCAGUACGAGAGCCUCUAUGAUUACCAGAGCCUCAGCUGGAUCCGGAAAAUGGAAGCUACCUAUUAUGACAAUAUCAUGGAACAGCAGCGCUUAGAACCGGAGUUUUUCAGAGUUGGUUUUUAUGGUCGAAAAUUCCCAUUUUUCCUGCGGAACAAAGAAUAUGUGUGUAGGGGCCACGACUAUGAGAGGCUGGAAGCCUUCCAGCAGAGGAUGCUGAGCGAGUUCCCCCAGGCCAUCGCAAUGCAGCACCCAAACCACCCUGAUGACUCCAUAUUGCAGUGUGAUGCCCAGUAUUUGCAGAUCUAUGCAGUGACUCCCAUCCCAGACAACAUAGACGUGCUGCAAAUGGACCGAGUCCCUGAUCGCAUCAAGAGCUUUUACCGCGUCAACAACAUCCGCAAGUUCCGCUACGACAGACCCUUCCACAAGGGCCCCAAGGACAAGGAGAACGAAUUUAAGAGCUUGUGGAUUGAACGCACCACUCUGACCCUGACUCACAGUUUGCCUGGGAUCUCUCGCUGGUUUGAAGUGGAGAGAAGAGAACUGGUUGAAGUAAGUCCUUUGGAAAAUGCUAUUCAAGUGGUUGAGAACAAAAACCAGGAGCUGAGGACACUGAUAAGCCAGUACCAGCAUAAACAAAUGCAUGGCAACAUUAAUCUUCUCAGCAUGUGUCUGAACGGAGUGAUUGAUGCCGCCGUUAACGGGGGAAUUGCGCGGUACCAGGAGGCCUUUUUUGAUAAGGAUUAUAUCACAAAGCACCCCGGAGACGCAGAGAAGAUCACCCAGCUCAAGGAACUCAUGCAGGAGCAGGUACAUGUCCUAGGAGUGGGUCUGGCAGUCCAUGAGAAAUUUGUACAUCCCGAAAUGCGUCCCCUGCAUAAGAAACUGAUAGAUCAGUUCCAGAUGAUGCGAUCCAGUCUGUACCAUGAGCUGCCUGGUUUGGAUAAGCUGAGCCCGGCCUGUUCUGGCUCCAGCACCCCCCGCAGCAACGUGCUGGUGUCGCACGGCCCCAUGAGCCCGGAGAGCAUCAAGCUGCUGCAUCGACACAGCCCACUGAACAUGCUUGGUUCAGUCCGACACUCCUCAUCCUCCCUGUCGUCGCACACCUCCAGUGAAACAGGAAACCUGGUUAUCCUGACAGACAGCUCUGUGGGGGAGACUGCUGAGGAUAUGUACCACAUGCAGGCUAGUCCUUCCACCUCCAGCCUGAGCUCCACUCACUCAGCACCAUCCCAGAUGAUUAACUCUGCCCCUUCCAGCGCUCGAGGCUCUCCCUCUCUACCAGAUAAGUACCGCCACUCUCGGGAGAUGAUGAUGUUGCUGCCAGCCCACCGGGACCGACCGAGCAGCGCCAUGUACCCCGCAGCUAUCAUGGAAAACGGACAGCCUCCAAAUUUCCAGCGCGCCUUGAUCCAGCAAAUGAUUGGACCGUGCAAACCUUGCAGUGAUCCCAACCUGUCUGUGGCUGAGAAAGCUGUGCCAGCGGCACCCAGUAGCUGGAGCCUGGACAGUGGAAGCCGAGAGGCGCUGCCAUUCCUGUCUGCCCACGCUGGGAGCGUCCUGGCCCCACCAGUGCCUCCCCGAAGCCUGCCCCAUGGACACUACUCACUGCACUUUGAUGCCUUCCACCACCAGCUCAGUGAUGCUCCUCCGGCACUGCCCGCACGAACGUUGCGCAAGUCCCCUCUUCAUCCUAUCCCUGCAUCACCCACCAGUCCGCAGUCUGGUCUAGAUGGCAGUAACUCCACUUUAUCGGGCAGUGCCAGCAGUGGUGUCUCUUCCUUGAGCGAGAGCAAUUUUGGACAUUCUUCUGAAGCACCUCCUCGCACAGACACCAUGGAUUCUGUGCCCAGCCAGGCCUGGAACACUGACGAAGAUCUAGAGACACCCUACCUCCCUGUCAGGUACAGUCUCUCUGAGCCUGAUGUCCUGGAGUCGCUCAAAUCCCAGCCAUGCCGAAGCCACUCUGCUCCGUCUGGAGUCAUUCCUCAGGACACCAUGGACCCUCCUGCUUUACCCCCCAAACCUUACCACUCCCGGCUGCCGAACAUGGAGAACGAGGAGGGGAUGAUGAUUGAAGACGACGACAAACACCGCCCGUUGCAUCGUAAAGCGUCCCAACCGGUGAGCGGUGCAAAGGAAGAGCAGGCCAGGGUGGCAUGGGAGCACGGCAUCAGUGAGCAGUAGGGACAGCUCCUGGUACGCAGCUGGCGUCGGCAUUCCAGGUCUGGACACGACAGAGAGAGAGCAGGACUCGGAGAACAGCAAACCGAUUUUCUACUGCCGCGAGGUUAUGUCUGAAGCCCACAAAGCGAGUCGGGCCAGCAUGGCAGGUUGCUGCUUUCCUUUUUAAUUUCUUUUUACACCUUUCUGUUAUGUUUUUUAACUUUCUGUGCAGUGGACGGUUUAUUCCUUCUGCAGUUUCUUAACCACAUCACACGGCAUAUGAGCCAUAGAGACUAGCAGAAGCCGAAAAAUACAAUUUUAAGUGGAGGGGAAAACGGGGGGAAUGUGGCAAGUUGAUUUUGAACCUGCUUUCCUCCCAGUUCUGAGACGCACAUGAGUAGAAGCAGUUGCACUAGGGACAUAUUUCUUUGCUGUACAGAAUUGAAAGCUCAUUGCUGAAAUCAGGGAUUCUAUGAACUGUCAGGCUGGAAGGUGCAUGAGCUGCAGGCAGUGGAAAGAUGGCAAUUCUAAGAAGAAAUUGGCUCUUUUGAGAGCAGGAUUGUACAUAUCUGUGCAGUGAUCUCCCUGCAUUGGUUCAUAGGUGCUGAGGCAAUCUAAAGCAGUGCUGAUGCACUGAUCUCCAAGAUAUCAUUUCCAAGAAACUCUGCCUCCUUUGUUUUUUAUGUACUGUUUCAUUUCUUAAAUUUUGCUUUCACUGGCUAAGCCAACCUGCUUUCUCAUGGGAAUCAUGUUAUUCAUCUGUGCUACAGAACGAGAGGAGGUUGGUGGCUACUGGAGCUACAACCUCAUUGUAGGCCUUUCCCAUGCCCAGCUUUGGGCAGGCUGUUGACACCAGCAUUUCUAUUCCAGAUUAAAACAAAACCAACCAAAUUGAGUUUCUCAUGCCACAAGCUGGUUGAUGACCCAGCCAGUAAAGACAAGGUGGCUUAAACACAUCAUAUCCAACAACCUUUGCCUCAGGGCUGAACAUCUUAAUUCUCACCAACUUCCAUCACCCAGGAGCUGAGAUUCAUUCCUGUUAACUCCAUAUCCUCAGUCCCCCUCAACAACUCACUGCAGCUGGUGUGCAGAAAGAAUCUCCCAUCUCUCAGAGCAGACAGAAAACACCAAGACUUGAGCAAUGCCUGGUAUCAAGUGUACACCCCAGAGUCAGGGACCUUAAAGGCAACCUGUAAAGAACAAGUGUUUGUUUCCUCUUUUGCUUCUUUAGAAUGUAUAGUAAGAGCUGCUGCUCCUCUCUUCUGGAAGGUUGAUUUCUUUUUCCUUUUCUCCUCAGGCAACAAUACGCCCUUUCCCCAUCCCAUAUUUUUUAUUAAUAAGCUCUAGAAAGGGCUGAGGAACAUUGUGGGGAGCCAAGCCACACCACACAAACCAGAACUGUGCAGAGCUCAAGACAGUUCAGGUCUAUGAACCCAAAACAUGCCUUUUAAUCAGUACUUGCACAGUUCAGGAAGAAAGUAUCUGUGGGUAAUAUUGUUCUUUACAAAGAAAAUAUCUUGGUUCUAAGAAACCUUUUAUUCCUCUUUUCAUCCUUAUCAUGAAAUUUUCAAUCAAAAUAGUAUCAAAUAUUUAAUGUAUUUGGAUGAACAAGCCACCUUCCUUUCCCUUGCCAUACCCACACACAUUUUAGCCUUCCUUACAACCCUUUUACCUGCAGACUGCAAAGCACACUCCGUAAGAUGGAAACAGCCCUCCCUCUUUCCUACUGCUGAAAAAUCUGAAGCACAUUCAAAUAAGACCUCCACCAUAUAAACCAGUGCCAGAAACAGGAACAGCACCCAACUUACAUCUUGAAUUCCUGUCUAACUGCUCUGUUUCUCCUGCUAAAAACAGCAUAAAGAAGCAAAAAGGGAUUAUUAUAAAUCUUUUACAGGUCACCUUUAGCACUACCUCUAAAUACAGUGACUGGGCAGAGUACAUGGUUUCUGAACUGGCUAAGGAUGGUUUGGCUGUAUAAAGUCUGGACUCAGCAGUUGUAUGAAGGGGACUUUUUAAGAGGAUUUGUUUGUUUUCUUUCUCAAGCUCUAGCCCAUGCAAAACUACUAAGUUAUGGAUUUGUUUCUUAAAUGGCCUAUUUGGCUGGAACAAAGUCUCUCUUGCUUCCUCUAUUUUGUUACUAACACAGGCUGCUUGUAAUCAUUAUAUCCUUCACAAUUUAAACAAUGAAAAUAAAAUCUGGCCUAUAGUGGAUGUUUCAUCUUUAGCAAGAAGGAGAGUUUUCCAAUGCUAGGACAGUCUUCAUUGUUAACAAACCAAGCUGGAUCUCUGGUAUAGAACAAAUGCAGGAAACCAACUGAUGUUUUCAGUAAAGGUAAGUCAAGGUAAUUCCUUAGAAAAGGGUGAAAUGUUUUCACAUAUGCUAUUCUCCAAUCCCACUGAGACUCUUCCAGUGAAGUUCUUAAAAGAACUAAGUUUUAAUUCCAUUUCCCUUGCCCCAGUUUUUUUUUUUUUUCCUGGCAGCAAGACUAAAAGUAGUAAAUGUAGUGACUUAUCAAGCUUCCUUAAUGUGAAAAACCAGCAGGUCUUGCAAAUAAAACUUUGCAUAACCAAGAAUGCAAUUACCAUAGGACUGAGUCCCAGGCAGCUGGAAAACCUGCCCACCAGAUCUCAAAUCAGUCACUGACAAUGCAUCCUCCUGCUCUGAUUAGAGACCUGGUACAACAGCAGUGAGUCCAUUUGGGGAGUCUGGCUUCCUAUGUAUUUGCAAGAGUUCAAAGAUCAAUCAGGUGAUGUGUACAAAUACCUAAUAUAUGGCAGGUCCACAUAAAGAGGGGUGGAAUAAAUUGCUGAGUUUACCAAAUUUAAGCCUCUCUGGAGUUAAAUUUCUGUUAUUGUUCUGAUAUCUACCAAGUAUUCUGUCUCCCUUUUCAGUGUUUGCCUUAAAGGGAACAGAAGAUGGAAAGACUAUUAUUGAGAUUUUGUGAAUCUUGGAACUAAUAUUGCCUGGAACUACUAUUUCUCUGUAGGGUGAGGUGUCUUUUAGCAUAGUACAACUCCAAUGUCAAGCUCAGUCCUGGAGUAGGUGGAAGCAACAGCAGUUGUUGCACUUGCCCAACAGGAUUUGAAGAUUGCUUGUAUAAAUCACAUCAACAGGAUACUUUGAACAGGACCUUGACAUUCUAUACCUAACUCGAAUUCAAAGCUCAGUGUACUUGCUUUCAUUGGGUUUUCUCUGCAUAAGAAAAUAGCAUGUGCAUUCCUGAGAAAAUUGGUGGAAUUCUGCUAUAAAUCUCUCCAUCGUCAGUGUACCUGCUGGCCCCAUCUGAAACAAAAUUGAGAAGGAGCUACAGUGGUAGAAGAAAAGCAAUUAAAACAAUUUCCUGAAUCCUACCUUUUUUUCCCCAGUAGUUGGGUUGGUUUUAUUGCUGUAUGCAAGACUCAGAUCCUUUUUCGUAUUUUCCUGUUUGGUUUUUAGCUUACUUACCCUUUUUUAGGUAAGGGAUAUUGCAUAUCCCUUCUAAGGAGUAUCAGCCAAAACUGGGGAGGCUGGAGAGAGCAAGAGCCUUUGGGAAACAAAUUAUGUGAUAUUUAAAAUUUCCUCUGGUCAUGCUUCUUUGUAAAUACCCCCAUUUGAAUGCUGUGUAUUUGUACAGGAAAUUGAGCAAAAAAUGUAUAGAUUGUGAUGUCUGACUGGUAUUCUGCCCUGUAAAUGUGUUUUUAACCUCUGGCAUUCUGUGCUUAUUUAAAAAAAAAAAAAAAGGCGAAAACCUCUAACCACUUCUCUUUUGUGUAUUCAUGUUUAAAAUAAAAUGAAAACAGCUAUCUUAUCUAUAAUGGAAAUCAAAUUCAAAAGGAAACAAUUAAUUUGUACAAGUGUCCUAAAGGUACUUCAUUGUAUAUAUUGUGAUAGCAUGUUUCCAGAACCAACAAAUAAGUGGUGUGAAUUUUAGAUGUAAAUAUCUGCCGUUUGUUUUGGGUUCCUUUCCCUUACCCAUUCACUCGACUGCUGUGAUGUGGAAUUAAAGAUUAAUACCUGAUAUUAAAACAGUA